AUGGCGGCCCGCGCAACGAAGUUCGACUCUGAGCUGCUCAGAAUCAAAGACAUCUACACCUUACCUGAUCAAGACCGUUACGCCUACUAUGAUGGCAAAUUCUGGCCAUGGACCACAGCUUCCGACGACGGACCUGUCUUUGCCGCUGUUGGCCAGAAGAGGAUCUUUAUUGGGCGCGGGUUGCCCAGAGAGCCAGUAAUCGCCCUCCAGGAAAUCGAUGAUGUCGAAGUAGAAAGACACCCUGGUCACCCUGGUCUGAAUUCUUGCGCUUGGGCUUAUGUUAAUCCGGCGCAACCUCUAUUAAUCGUCGCCGGCGCAUUCGGGAUUUUAAAAGUGGUCGAUGCCCUCACAGGCAACAGAUGCAAGCUUGAGAUCCAGCAUGUCAAUGCAAACAUCAACGACAUCGCAGUCCAUCCUUGCUACCCAUGGAUUUUCGCCACCGCCUCACAGGAUGGCCAAGUUCGAGUAUGGGAUCUGCGGCCAUGCUCCUUGCCGCGCAGGGCAUCUCCCAUCAUAAUUUGUGGAGGGGGGAUAGACGGGCACAGGGCUGGCGUGUUGUCAGUUUCGUGGCACAUAUCCGGCCGGUACCUGGUUACAGGAGGCUUCGAUCAUUCGGUUUGUGUGUGGACCAUGCCGGAUCUUGGUGAACGCUCUCCCUUCUGGACAACCAUCGAUCCAAAGCGGAUAGAACGACACGCGUCUGAGGCGGUAGUGAUCCACUACCCUCACUUGAUCACCAAGGCGAUACACUCCAACUAUGUUGAUUGUGUAAAGUUUCUUGGCGACUACAUAGCGUCAAAGGCGGCAACCGAAAACAAGCUUGUGCUGUGGAAGAUUACUGGGUUCAACUCAUCCAAAUCUCCGCCAUCACCGAUGACGACUGUCAAGGCUGGAGCCCAUCUCGACACGCGCAAUGGAUUCAUGCGUACAGUAAUCACUGAAAAGGACGGGACGCAAACUGUGACAACUCCAGAAGAGUUCCAAAACAAAGCUCCACUCGAGAGACUGGUCGAACUUGACGCCCCCUAUAGUGACGCAUUUUAUAUGCGGUUUGAUGUGUGGUUGCCCACGCAAGACCAUCCCCAUGUAUAUCCGAGGUUCGCGUAUGCAAACGAGGCUUCUGAACUUCGAUUUUGGGAUCUUGCCCGACUCUGCAGGGGUCAUGCUCGCCGCAGGCGCAAACAUGGCCGUAAGAUGAAAAGAAAGAGAUCAGAACCUGAAUUGAUCCCUGCCUGGGAGAAGCGACUAAAACCGGACGACAUCCCUGUUCUGAGCGAGAUGCCCAAAUUCGAGGCCAUUCCUACGCAAGAUAGGAAACCUACAACUGAAGACCUUUCUGCCUCACAAAGACAAACUCGAGAGCGCAAGACACUUUCGUUGAUAACUGAGCCAAGAUCUUUGAGGCUGCGUCAAGUACCCCCGACCGUCGAGCACGAAGAUGUAGAGAUCAAGUGGGGAUCUGUGAAGAUCAAGCAAGACUCAAGUGAGGUCAUUCAUUCUUCAACCCGGAGGAAGACUUCGACUCGACCCAAACGAGAAGGUCAAAAUUCAGACAGCGAAACGCCCACACGAAGGGCUCCCAUUUCCGCACCCGACCGUGAAUCGAUGAAAUCAACAUCAAAUUUCACAAUAGAAAUAUCAUCAAAACGCGAUACCGUGCAAGCGCCCCAGGGGACACGGUACAGUGAAAAUGUUGCACACCCUGUCAGAGGGUCAGCUCGUUUGACACCACACAGUACAUCUUCGUCGUCUACCGAUUCAGACGUCGCUGAAGAUACGAUUUUUAUGAGAAGUUUAGCCCCAGCGAGACCUCGCCUCGGACUCCCGUCUCCAGCCGCUUCAGAGAUCGCGAGUGAUAGUAGUACUGUCAGCAGGUCAUCUCGUUCAUCAUCAGCCUCCCAACUCCCGUCCCAGGCUUCUUCGGACACCAUAGCGGCUGCAGAACGAGUUAAGAUUCCCGUGCUUUCAACACCACAAACCCCUUCCCCUACUCCGCCCCAGUCGGAUAUAUUUGGAGAAGCAACUCUAGCUAGACGAUCGACUAGGCUGAAGGCCAAGUCUGCGAACAGGGCGUCAGAGACUUCAGAUGCCGCAAGAGACACAUCUGCUUUCAAGUCGCCUGCUCCUUCUCAGCCUUUCGACAACCUAGGCACAGCAGGAGACUCACCGCGAUCCCAAAGAACAUAUCCUGAAAAAGAGAUUAUCACAGUGGACGAUAACUCUUCAGGCAGCGACGAAGAAUAUUGUAGCACUACAGAGUCGGAAUCUCCCCGCACUCGAGACUUUACAAAACGGAGACUCAGGUCUAUGAAAUAUGAGGAAGAAGUCUUGGAUAGUAUCGAGGUCGAGGACGAGUUUUCCGACACCCUGAUGGGCGAGGGGGAGGGCUCUACAGACUUGGAUACUGAGGACGUGGCCCCCGAUUUUCCCGAGCCUGAAUGGGCUCGAUUCGCUACACAGGAGUCUGAAUCGCCUUCAGACACGUGGGAACCGGAGGCAGAGCGAUCUGUUACUCUGGAGUCUGAGCCAGAGCCUAACAAUAUCAUAAAAGGACCACCUACACUUAUUGAUCUCCCCGCGAUGACCGCGUCCAGGUUGGCAGCGCUGACCUUGGAGACCACCCCUGAUAAAUUUGACCCCUUCAGAAAACCAGGAAAGCGUGGCUCCCCAAACCGGGGCCGUGGAAGGUAUCCCCUUGACAAGGCACACAAUUUUCUCAAGGCACACAAGACGGUUUUACUUCAUAAACUCCAAUACAAGAAGCAAGCACCGUUUGUUGCGAGAACAGUUGCCUGGAGUCCUUGCGGAAAAUGGUGCCUCGUGGUGGGUGAGUCUGGGAGGCAUCCUAAGGACGGCUGGGGAGGCUUUGCCCUGCUACAUCAUCCUGAUAUCCCAGACAAAAGAAGACCGAAGGACUUGUGCCAAGAAAUCCUACCUGCGUUCAAGAAAGUUCGAGAUGUAAUGCUUGACAUCAAGGACACCGAGGAAAUUGGUCGCUGGCUCAACCAGUACGACGUCAUACUCCAACAACUGGCCGAGCCUAGUCAUUUUGAUGUUGGCAGGGAUAAUCUCCAAGAGAUGGUCACCGCUCUUCUCAGUGCUCACCCAAAUCAGCUCUGCCAAACGCUUCUUGAGUCCGAAUCCCCACCGGAAGACCGUUCUGAAGGGGAUAACGGUGCGAAAAACUAUCCAGAACUCGAGACGGAUGCUGAAGCAGAUGAUGAGAGUUCCGACAAAGAAGAAGAUGACGGCGAAGAGGGGGAUGAUGGUGAAUCCAACAACGCUGAUGAUUCGGACGAAGAGAGCUCAUCGGACGACACAUUUGAAAAUGCCGAAGUGCGUCACUACGCGGAUUGGUCAAUCUACGACUUCGAAGAAGAAUACGACGAUACGGACGAGGAAUUCUAUCCUGCGCAGCUUUGGUCGUCGAGGCGGUUGCAAGCUUAG